CUCUUGGGCUGAGGGGUGUCCUCUCUUCAUCACUACCAAGCCCCGGGGCUGCAGCGGUUGAGAGCUGCUGCGAUUUAACGCUUCAGCACCUGCUGCCGCUGCGGGGAGCAGUGUUAGAGCUUCGGCUCUGUUUUUUUUCUCUUGCUUUGGGUACCACAACAACCGCAACCGUGUCUCGCCAACGGGCCAAGAUGUCCAAAGUUGCCAAAUAUCGGCGACAAGUGAGUGAAGAUCCGGACAUCGACAGCUUGUUGUCGACUCUGUCUCCAGAGGAGAUGGAGGAGCUGGAGAAGGAGCUGGAUGUGGUGGAUUCGGAUGGAAGCAUCCCUCUGGAGCAGAGUCAGAAAAACCAAACGGAGAAUUCGCCGACCAGCCCGCAGAACUGCGACGCGGUGCUCAACCACUGUGAGAAGGACACCAAGAAACGUCUCCAGAGGGAGCAAUCGAUAGACGAAACCAGACUGGCCGAGAAGAAGCAGGAAGCCAAGAGUGGAGAAGAAAAGGGAAAGGAAGCUCCGUCCAAAGACCUGGCCCGGAAACGAGAUACAGGAGUGGGGAAAGACUCGAAAAAGGAAGAAAGUGCCCAGAAGACAGACCCAAAGGCUAAAGCUGAGGCUGAGAGCAAAACCAAGGAUGGGAAAGCCAUCAACGACAAGGUCAAGGCCAUGGAGAAAAAGCUGAUGGGGAAGGACAAGAAGGAGGAAGAGAAGGAUUCAGUGGUAAAGAAGGAGAAGGGGAAGGACAAAAAGGAAGAGGAGAAGGGCUCAGUGUUAAAGAAGGACACGGGGAAGGAUAAAAAGGAGGAGGAGAAGGGCUCAGUAUUAAAGAAGGAUGCAGGGAAGGAUAAAAAGGAGGAAGAGAAGGGCUCAACAGCAAAGAAGGAGACAGGGAAGGAAAAGAAGGAAGAAGAAAAGGGUUCGGCAUUGAAGAAGGGCGCGGAGAAGGACAAAAAGGAGGAAGAGAAGAGUUCAGCGUCAAAGAAAGAGGCAGAAAAAGACAAAAAGGAAGAAGAGAAGAAAGAAAAAGGCAAAAAAGAAGAAGAGAAGAAAGAAAAAGAUAAAAAAGAAGAGAAAAAGAGUUCAGAUCUGAAAAAAUCAAAGGCAGAUGAGAAGGAGGAACCUCAGCCAGAGGCAGAAAAGGCAGCGGAGGAGAAACAGGAGGCCAAGGCGACGGCGGCGGCCGAGAGCAGCCCCUCCAAGCCUGCCACCGGCACCUCCCCAGACCAGGCCAAGGAAGAUGAAGCUUCCAGCAUCUUCGAUGAGCUCAUCGAGAAGGUGAAGAACAAUGACGCAGAGGUGACCGAAGUCAACGUGAACAACUCGGACUGCAUCAACAACGAGACCCUGGUGCGCUUCACCGAGGCCCUGGAGUUCAACACGGUGGUCAAGCUGUUCGCGCUGGCCAACACCCGCGCCGACGACCACGUGGCCUUCGCCAUCGCCAUCAUGCUCAAGUCCAACAAGGUGCUGACGAGCAUCAACCUGGACUCCAACCACAUCACGGGCAAGGGCAUCCUGGCCAUUUUCCGGGCGCUGCUGCAGAACAACACGCUGACGGAGCUGCGCUUCCACAACCAGCGGCACAUCUGCGGGGGGAAGACGGAGAUGGAGAUCGCCAAGCUCCUGAAGGAAAACACCACGCUGCUCAAGCUGGGCUACCACUUCGAGCUGGCCGGGCCUCGCAUGACGGUCACCAACCUGCUGAGCCGAAACAUGGACAAACAGAGGCAGAAACGCCUCCAGGAGCAGAAACUGGCACAGGAACGCGGGGAGAAGAAGGACCUGCUGGAGGUGCCCAAGGUUGGAGCCCCGAAGGGGUCCCCCAAGGGGUCCCCGCAGCCAUCCCCCAAGGCUUCCCCCAAAAACUCUCCCAAGAAAGGGGGAGCGCCCGCUGCGCCGCCCCCGCCUCCUCCUCCGCUCGCCCCGCCGCUGAUCAACGAGAACCUGAGGAACUCGCUCUCGCCGGCCACGCAGAGGAAAAUGGGAGACCGGGCGCUGCCGGUCCAGGAGAAGAACUCGCGGGACCAGCUCCUGGCGGCCAUCCGCUCCAGCAACCUCAAACAGCUCAAGAAGGUGGAUUUACCGAAGCUGCUGCAGUAGGGAGCGGGACGGCUUUGCCCCCGCAGCCCGGCGUGGCAGACCCCGGGACUCUCGCCUUCCUCGUGACUCUUGCCAUGACGAGCCCUCUGGGACCCUGCAGUGACCGACGCCGAGGAGCAGCGAUCUCUCUGGGACUGAUGGAGGAAGGGCCGGGCCUGAGAAGGGCCAGCACGGCCGCUCGAUGCAGUGUGUGAGGAAGACCUUGUAUUUAUUGUUAUGGUUGCAAAGCCCUCAAGCUCUCUCUUCUGCCAGCACCGUGCCCCGCUCUGUCCGGCCGCUCGGGGAUGUCAAGGACCGAGGAAGGGGUAGUGGCUGUCCCCACGUCCCUGCUGCAUCCAACCCCACCGCGGGGAAAGGGGGCUCGUGGUGGAAGGGGGGCAGUGCCAGCGGCUGGGGGGUGCAGUGGGGCCGGGGGUCCCCUGGGAGCGCAUCGAGGGGCUGAUGCCCUCCAGCCCAGUCCAACCUGGAGCGAGCAGAUGGACUGCCCCAUCCAGGGGACAUCUGGGCCGUCGUCACCGCUUGUGUCCCCGCGGGGUCUCUGAGUGGCUGGGAGGGUGAUGGGGACAUUGGUGGUACACGGGGUCGGAGGUGGUGGAGAGCUGCAGCAGGAGGUGGAGCUGGGGUGGGGGCGUGCACCCAGGGCUGUCCCCAGGACCCCAGGGCUGUCCUGCCCCUGCAGGAUGUGGGACCUGACCUCUGCACCCAGACAUUUGUCCUUGUGCGGUGAUCAAGUGCUCCGUGGGAAGAGCAGGGCUCGUAGGGGGGUCUGCUCCUGGGGUGGGGGGCAGCAGGAGGGGGUGGCAGUGGCCCCCCGUGCUGCCAGCAUCACCUGCAGCCCUGCCAGGCAGGGGAUGCUGUCUGCCCAUGAAGCCCUGACUUGGGGGGGGGGGCAGUGGGUUUUGGGGCCGCUGUGCCCACCCCUGGUGUGAAGCAUUGCUCACGAUUUGUACAACUGCGGCCACUGCAUCAGCAAUAAAGCUCACCCAACGCUUC